AUCUCGACAGAAAAAUGACACUAAUUUACAGGCUAACCUCCGUCCUCAAAAACCCCCUCCUAAACCCCACCGCGGCGGCGGCCGCCGUCCGCCCUUUUUCGAGCGGUCGAACUAACAAAAGCAAUAAAUCCGGAGAGGACGAGUGGAAUGACGCGUGGGAAACCGCCUGGCUGCCCGACGACCUCUCCGGAAAAUCGGCACGCGCCUCCUGGGAAUCCGACGUCAGCUUCGCCCUCCCCGCCGCCGACCAAAAUCCCCAACUCUCAUCCCUGCCGGAGGAGAUCGACGCCGAGACGAAAGCGUUCGUGGAGGAUAUGAACGAUAAUUGGGAUCAAAGGAAGGGCAAAUCGGUGAAAAAAGACGACGACAAAAAUGAGUCUCCGCCGGGGCCAGCAUCUUCAUCUUCAUCAACUUCUCUGUAUAGCUUGGAGAAUAUUAAGAGGGAUUACAGACUGACGAAGCAGAAAAUACACGCGGGGCUGUGGGUGAAGGAGAUCGAGAAAUUGGAGGAAGCUAAAUUGGGGAAUUCCAUUUCUGGCGGCGACGAUAUUGAGAAACUGCUCGACAGCGCCUCUGAGAUAUUUGAUUCUGCAAACAAUGAUUUCGGAGAUCCGAAAAUCCCGGGGUCGGAGUUCAAAAACAAACCCGAUGGCUGGGAAACAACGUCAAAAUCUCCAGAUGGUGGUAGUAUAUGGGAUAUGUCGCAAAGAGAAGAAGACAUACUCGUUCAAGAGUUUGAGCGUCGAAUUGCCUUCAAUAAAUUCCAGAUUGCGAGCUUUAUAAAAACACACAUAUUUAGCCGUAGGAGGCCUAUUGAUGGAUGGAGGUACAUGAUUGAGGAAAUCGGACCGAAUGCAAAGAAAGGGAAGGGAAGUGUUUCGAGGCUUCCCACUGUAUCAGACGAGUCAACUCAGCCAUUCAGAGAGGAGAAGAUUCCGACACCUCCCAGCACUUACUCUUCCUCUAGAUCUUCGUCUAGAGGCCGAUGAAAUCUGUGAAAGUUGCAUUGUUUUACAGUGUUUAUUUAUUACUCGAGCGAAUGUGACAAAAAAAAAAAAAAAAAAAAGAUAAUGCAAAAAAGAAAGCAAUUUCUCAAUGUGAUUUUGUAUCUCCUGUUAUAUCUUUUAUGCAAGAAACACUAUUUCAGUCU